AUGGUCGAUUUCACAGCAGCAGAGCUCCGAGAAAUGAUGGACAGGAAGAGUAACAUACGUAACAUCUCUGUUAUUGGUCAUCAGGGCCAUGGCAAGUCUAUGCUUACAAAUUCUCUUGUGGCAGCUGCUGGGACUAUGACACAGGAAGGUGCUGUUAAACUAGACCCUGAUAUUUCUAUCAGAUCCACUGGGUUCUCACUUUUGUACGAGAUGGACAGUCAUUCGCUGGAGAGAUACAAAGGUGAUAGGAAUGGGAAUAGAUACCUGAUCAACGUUGUUGAUUCACCUGGGCAUGCUGAUUUCUCUGCGGAAGCCACAGCUGCUCUUCGUAUUACUGAUGGCACUCUUCUGGUAGUUGAUUCGUCUGAGGGUAUUUGUGUCCAAACUGAAACUGUGCUCCGGCAAGCCAUUAGUGAGAGGGUUAGGCCUGUUCUUUGUCUGAACAUGAUGGACAAGCUAUUCACUGGGAUUCAAGAUGGAGCUGUGAAACUUGAAUUUACUGGUGAACAAGUCUAUAAGAUUCUGUCCAAUGUUAUUGAGAAUUCAAAUGCCAUUAUAACAGCAUGUCAAUCUAGAGGCCGAGUCAACCCUGAGAAUGGAACGGUAGCCUUUUCCUCUGGUUUGCAUGGAUGGGCAUUUACUCUCACUGGCUUUGCUAGGAAGUAUUCCUCGAUAUGUGGACUAGAUGAGUCUAAGUUUGCGAAGAAACUCUGGGGCGAUUGUUUUUACGACUCUGGCCUAAAUAAAUGGUUCGACAACCACAAUGGCUCCAAUUCAUGUGAUAGAGGCUUUGUUAAAUUUUGCUAUAAUCCAAUCAAAAAAAUCAUGAAUGCCUACAUGCAGGAGGACAAGAGUGAACUGUGGGAUCUGUGCGGGCAGCUUGGUGUAAGCUUGAGUGAUGAACAGAAGACACUAGUGGGCGAUGAUCUUCUCAAGUGUAUCAUGCAAUCCUGGCUGCCAGCCAGUACUGGACUUUUUGAGAUGAUGAUAUGGCACCUUCCGUCUCCUUUAAAAGCACAGCAGUAUCGUGUUGAGAACCUGUAUGGGGGACCAGUUAAUGACCCAUAUGCAGAAGCUAUUAGAAGGUGUGAUCCGGAAGGUCCUCUUAUGCUUUAUGUUUCCAAGAUGAUUCCAACAUCUGAUGCAGGCGGAUUCUUCGCGUUUGGUCGGAUCUUUUCAGGUCGAAUUGCAACUGGAAAGAAGGUACGGAUCAUGGGGCCUUCCUAUGUUCCUGGCAAGAAAAAUAACUUCCAUGAGAAACAUGUUCAGCGUACUGUUGUAUGGAUGGGAAAGAAUCAACACGGAAUUGAUGAUGUUCCUUGUGGUACCACUAUUGGAUUAAUUGGUCUUAGUGAGUGCAUAACGAAAAGUGCAACAGUGACAGACAAGAUGGAGGUUCAAGCAUGGCCUAUCAGAGGAAUGAAGUUAUCUAUACCUCACAUUCUGUCUGUUCAAGUUAAGUGCAAGGUUCCCGCAAGUACUGGCCUACUCCUUGAUGGUUUGAAGCGUUUGACAAAGUGCGACCUUGCUGUUCUAUAUAGCACUGAAGGUGGUUCAAGUGGCUUCACGGUUGCUGGAGUAGGGGAGUUCCAUCUUGAAGUUUGCUUGAAUGAUCUUAAAGGAAUAAUGAAAGGCGUGGAAUUUGUUGUAUCCAAUCCCAUAGUUUCUUACCGUGAAACUGUUCUUGAGAAGUCUGGCACCCCUGUGGAGACGUUCUCCCGGAACAAAUUCAACAGCAUUUCCAUGGUUGCUCGCCCCUUGCCUGAUAAGUUGGUUGAUGCCAUUGAGGAUGGUCUGUUGAGUCCGUAUACUGAUGAUGCGGUGCGCUCUCAAAUGCUCAGAAAGUGUGGUUUGGACGAGAAUCGGAUAUGGUGUUAUGGACCUAAGGCCAUCGGCCCAAACAUGGUUGUUGAUACGUGCAAGACACAGUGUACGGAAUCACUGAAAAAAUCAGUCGUGGCUGUCUUCCAGUUGGCAUCAAAAGAAGGUGCCCUGGCAAAAGAAAACAUGCGUGGAAUUUGCUUUGAGGUGCAUGAGGUUAAAAUUGACACCAAGGAUCCUUUGAGGUCCAAAGCUGCGCAACUUGAAAACAUGUUUCAGAAAGCCUUUUUGGACUCUCAACUCGCUGCGAACCCAAGGCUUCUGGAGCCUGUUUAUAUUCUGACGAUCCAGUGCCCAGAGAGUGCCCUCCACGCUGUCAAUGGCAUUCUAAACCAGAGGGGAGCGUACCAGUGUGAGCACUUUGCCGUAGAAGAGACGUUCUUGUUCAAUCUUAGGGCUUAUGUUUCCGUAUGCGAUUCGUUUGGUCUUGCCAAUGCAAUCAGAGUUGCAACAUCUGGGCAGGCCAAGCUGCAAUUCGUAUAUGGUUACUGGGAUGACAUGUCUUGCAGCCCUAUGCAGAAAAGUACUCCGGCUGGGAAAAGGGUGGUGGAGAUCCGGGAGAGGAAGAAGAUGGAGAAACCCUCCUUCCAGAAGUAG